AUAUAAAUAUGGCAAAUGUAACUUUCAUUUUUUAAAUGUUAGUACUGGAAGAAGUUUGGACCCCCCUGCUGUAACAUGCACAUGUAAAUUCAUUUCAGGCAGCAAACUUGAGUCACUAGCACAAAACAAAGUUUUCGAGAUGGCGGCUGCAGCCUCCUCUUCCUCUUCUUCCUCUUCGUCGUCUUAACAGCUGAAGAAAGAGCAGGACACCCGGGUUACCGACGACCACGACAAGAAGAACAUGAAAAGCAAGGUUUGCAACACUUUGGUAACUCCCCGGCACCAUAAAGCUGCACUGCCCUCAGAGUUAGCCUUUCAGUCAGGUGAGCCACGUGUUGCCCGCAGCAGCUCCACCAUGACUCCCCCGCAGCAGGUCACCCACCCCGGGCCGCUCCCCUCCAUGACCGCCCAGAAAGUUCAGUUAACGUACAAACUGUUUCUGCUGGAAAAUGCGCGAAAUAAACUCGAGCAGGAACUUCUCAGCUUCAUCAACAAGGCCUACGAGGAGGUUCAAGGUUUCCUCCGCCUGUCUUUACCCACCACUGUGUUCAGCGAUCUUGCGAAGGCUUUGGAUGCGAAAUAUGAAGCCGUCAACAAGCUCUCAUCUUUAUUAAAGGACCUUACAGCCGAGCCACAAGUUUGUGUCAAAAAUGGAUUUAGAACAAAUCAACUUAAACCACCCGGAGACAAAGGGAUUGUAAAGACAGAUGUUCUCAAGUUUGGACCCAUGUUGCAGAACUCGCUCAUGGCAAGCUCCAUAGCCAAAGCAGUCCAGGUGCUUGGAGCCACAUUGUCCCUUCAACAGUUCAAACAUUUCCUCAUCUCCCAGCCUGCAGCGGUCCAGCAGGAUGACAUGAUAUGCAGCAUCGGGUCCAGCUACAACAGCGCCACUGUGACUGCGAGCUCAUCCUCUCACUUAAAGGCCGAAAAGAAGGAUCGGGCUGUUGUUUCUGAAGGGAAACCAGAUGCUGUGAUUCUUCCACCUGCUGUUAUUCAGAGCCCUGAGAUUAGUGCAGAGAGGCCACCACCACUACUGCUGCCUCCCAUGCAGGCUAUAUUCCCAGAGAUCCGUAACCCAAAACCAAUGAAAAUAACACCACUAAUUAGCUGGGGAUGUGAGGAAGAUCUCCAGGUGCAACACCAAAAACAAACAUCCUCUCAGCUGCUUCAUUUUCUCAGAGUAAAAGCUAAGAACAUGGGUGCACUAGAGGUCACUGUCUUGGAGUGGAGUAAAAGUACUUUGAGUGUGCCCCAGUCCAUGUUGCCUACCGUCAAAACACAAAGCUACCAAUUCAGACAUGUUAUGACAGAUGAUCUGAUCGAUGCGCGGGCUCCAAAAACGCUGAGUGCAGACCUUGAAAACCAAAUUCCAGUCUUCAGAGUGAAAAGAGUGGAAUCGAGUGGCUCUUUGACCUACACUUGUGUGAUCGCAACAAAGACUGAAUUGUGGGAUAUUGGAGACAUCUUCACAGAGGUACAACAGGGGGACUCUGAAGCCAGCCCUUUGGGAAAUAAAGACUGCCAAAAUAUAACAGCUCAGGCGGAGAACUCCUGUGUAAACAUCCAGUGGAAAACCCAAUCUCUGCAGUGCACAGAACCUGAACACGAGGGAAAUUCUGCUGAUGCACAAACGCCAGCGAUGAACUGUAUCACCAUUCCUGAGUUCCACAUCCGGAGGUUUGAAGAGACCGAGGUUGUUGUGUCUCACAUUGUCAGCCCAAGCAACUUCUACAUCCAGCACGCAGACUACGCCAUGAAGCUGCAGGCCCUUGUCGCAGACAGCUGGAAAGCAAGUAGUUCAUAUGCCGAGCAGAACUGCAUUCCAGACAUUGGAACCCAAGUAAUGGGUUGGUUCCCCGUGCAGGAACAAUGGUGCAGGGCUCAGGUGACGAAGAUCUGUGGAAUAAGUGCAGAUAGUAAUGGUGCUGGGAGGAGGACAUCCAUCAAGGUGGAGGUGAAGAGGCUGGAUCACGGUGACAGUGCCUGCCUGUCACUGUGGGACAUUAAAGAGCUGACCCCAGAACUGGCCAUCCUGCCACUUCAGGCUGUCCAGGUCUCACUGGCAAAUGUGACGCCGGUGCAUGGGAGUGAUUGGACUGAGGAGGCAGUGGGCUGGUUCCAAGCAACGGUGCACAACAGGACGCUGUACGCCAGACUUUACCCACAGGGGCCUAAAGUUACAGUCGAGCUGUUCUUGGAAAAGGGAAAGCUCGGAGCUAUGAGGAGGGGCGCAUCACUGUCUUUGAGACUGGCCCAGAACGGUCAUGCAAACCACAGCAAAGUGAGAAAUGCUGGUGUCAUGAAAAGAAGCACCGCUCAAGAUAAAGUGAGAAAACAGGAGCCUGAGUGGGAGAAAUACCUCAUCUCGUGCUAUACUCGAAGAAGAAAUUCAGAAAGCAGGGAGUGUGCGUAGUUUUGUUUGUGUUGUCUGACCAACGAAACAGCACUUAAUAAUUAUUAAACGAGAGAUAAAUCUUCCAGUUUCAAUUGACUGUGUACAAGCGAGCAUACAGUGGACUAAAAGUAAAGGUUACUCACUGACAAACUGCAGUGGCUUACACAUUGCAGUACAAUGGUAAAUAAUAUUUAAAUAAAAAAUAAUGUAUUAAAUAAUACGUUUUGGAGGCGUAAAACAGAUUUCACGUGGAUUUUAAAGUUUUACAUUGCAGUUGAUAGUCAAAACUAUGUCUAGUGAAAGUUUCUAAAGUUUUCUUUUUUUAAUCGACAAAGUGUAACUUAAAACAGUCAUAGAAAAGUGGACAUUUAUGAAUGUGUGAUAUAUGGGGUCUUGGAUACCCAGUUGUGUAGCAUGUUUUAUUUUUCACAUAUUUCAUAGGCAUAGUUUAGUAUCUGAAAUCUGUAUGUAACACUUUAUCUAUCUGCACAAGUCCAACCACUAAUCGGUGUCAGUUCAGCCACAUUACCUGCCCUCUGUUAAGUGAUACUUGAAUUGUCUGCAUGCACACAUACAGUAAGUCUAUGUGAUUUAAUUUUUUUUGUAUAACUUUCCUUUGAUCAUUAUUAUAGCCAUGUUGCUUCUGUUAAUUUCAGUUCUUGGAAAGAUGGCAGAUCUAUUAGUUUGAAAGUCCAGCACGGUAUAACUCUGCUUUCGUAAUAAAACCACAGUUGAAU